AUGUCAAAAAAAAAUCAGUGAUAAGAUUGUUUUGGGAAUGGAUUGUGCUGUAAAAUAAAAUGAAGGAAGAUGAACUAAAGCGUUGAAAUGGCAGAAGACAAACUGUUUGUAUCUUUUGCAUGCCAAAGAUGUUCGCAAUCAUUACGUUUGGACGAAUCAUUGAACUCAUUCAGCGAACACACAUCUGCAGAACUUAAUUUGCCCAUCUAUUCUAAUCCCGAAGUCGACUUGGAAUCUCAAGCCACCAGCUUUGAUCAUUAUGUACCCCCGUUCAGGCUAUCUGACUCUGGCAAUGGCGCCAAUGGGUUCAUGCUGAUUUCAGAUGAAAACGAAGUUGAUUUGCUCAGCCAUCAAUUCAAAAUACAAACCACACUUUUUGAUACGCUCUCUGGAAAUUCUUAUAUUGAUCAUCCGUUAUGCGAUGAAUGUACAGACAACCUCAUAGAAAUAUUGGACCAACAGCUUAAAAUUGCACAAGAAGAUUACGAUGACUAUAGCAGAUACUAUAAAAUGUUGCAAAGCGAUAAGGAUGAACCCAAAUUAUCCGAUUUAGAAAAAGAAUUGAACGACCUGAAGGCGGAAGAAGUGAGAUUGUUAGAUGAACUAAAGGCGCUUGAAAACGAAGAAGAAGAAACGCAAAAAAGCAUCGAAGAACAAGAACAAAUUGCAGAGAAAAUAUCCGAAGAAGAGAAUCGCUACUGGAAAGAAUACACCAGACAUAAAAGAGACUUUUUGGUGUUAGAAGAAGAAGGAAGAAGUCUUGAAUGCCAAUUGAACCAUGUAAACGUGCAAUUGGAUAAGCUCCAACGAACCAACGUUUUUAAUGCUACAUUUCAUAUAUGGCACAAAGGCCAUUUCGGCACUAUUAAUAACUUCCGUUUGGGUCGCCUGCCCUCUGCUCCCGUUGAUUGGUCCGAAAUCAACGCUGCUUGGGGCCAAACUGCGUUGUUACUGUCAUCAUUGGCCAGGAAAAUCAAUUUAACUUUCGAGAGAUUCAGAUUGGUCCCUUUUGGCAAUCACUCGCACAUUGUGUCCUUGGAGGAGGACAAAGAGCUUCCGUUGUACGGUUCCGGAGGAUUUAAGUUUUUGUGGGACACGAAGUUCGAUAGCGGAAUGGUGGCGUUUCUGGAUUGCCUGCAACAGUUUCAAGAGAAAGUCGAAAAACUGGAAAAGGGGAAUAAAGUGUUUUGCUUCCCGUAUCGAACUAAUAAAGGAAAAAUCGAAGAUAAAGAUGCCAGUUAUUCCAUAAAAAUACAGUUAAAUUCUGAGGAGCAAUGGACUAAAGCUUUGAAAUUCAUGCUAACAAAUUUAAAGUGGGGUCUGGCUUGGGUUUCCUCGCAGUUCAACAGCGACGGGGAAGAAAUCCAAUCUGACAAUUAGAAUUAGUGUAGCGUAUUUGAAAUUUUACCGAUUGUUGCAUAGUUAGGAAUCUACAACAGAUUGUACAUUGAUAAGGUUAUUUAAAAGUGAAAUGAUAUUUUUGUUAUAUAUAAAUGUGUCCCUUGUACAUAUUUUAUUGUAAGUCUUACGAUUGUUAAUUUUUCAAUUUAAUAAAUUUAUUUGAUUUU